CCCCGAGCCGGGCGCAGGCGGCGGCGUAAUGGCGGCCGGCGGCGGCCUCACGUCAGCGGCGCUGCUCUGGCUUGUCGCGUCGCUGCUGCCCCAUGGCGCCAGGGGCUCGGAGGCAGCUGGGGCGGCGGAGUCGCCGGGCGGCGCGGGCCCCGGGGAGCGGUUUAAGAUCGAGGGCCGGGCCGUGGUGCCGGGGGUGAAGCCCCAGGACUGGAUCGCGGGGGCCCGGGUGCUUGUGGACGGGGAGGAGCACGUCGGCUUCCUCAAGACAGAUGGAAGUUUUGUGGUUCAUGACAUACCUUCUGGAUCUUACGUAGUGGAAGUUAUAUCCCCUGCUCAUAAAUUUGAACCAGUUCGAGUUGACAUAACUUCAAAAGGCAAAAUGAGAGCGAGGUAUGUAAAUUACAUCAAAACUUCUGAAGUUGUCAGGCUGCCAUACCCACUUCAGAUGAAAUCUUCUGGACCUCCUUCAUACUUUAUAAAGAGAGAAUCUUGGGGAUGGACAGAUUUCCUCAUGAACCCUAUGGUGAUGAUGAUGGUUCUUCCAUUACUGAUAUUUGUGCUAUUGCCUAAAGUUGUUAACACCAGUGAUCCUGACAUGAGACGGGAAAUGGAACAGUCAAUGAAUAUGCUGAAUUCCAACCACGAGCUGCCGGAUGUCUCUGAAUUCAUGACAAGACUUUUCUCUUCAAAAUCUUCCAGCAAGUCUGGUAGCAGCAGCAGUAAAGCAGGGAAAAGUGGUGCUGGAAAAAGGAGGUAGUUCGGUCUUCCUGCUAGGCCUGUUUGCACAACUGUUUGUUAUGUGGUAUCAUGUUUAUUUGUUUUGAAAGAUCAAAAGCCACUACUGUAAACUUUAAUCAGGCAUGAAAAUGGAAUGCUACAACUCUGGUGUGUAGCUUUUUUAGUCUAUUUAAGCAGUUUUGUACUUGACAGUAAGUAAAAGAAGACAUGGCUUCAAUACUGUAUCUGUGUAAAGUCAUUGAUAUACUGAAUUAACUAUAUUGCUCUGUAGAGAAUGAUAUAAAUUACAUGAUGUGCUAAGCAGUACUGAAUGUCUUAAUGGUGAGACAAUAUAUAAAGAAAUUCUUUCAAAGAUAAUGAGAAUGGAGUUUGCUUUUAAAAUGGCUUUAAUAUUUUUAUAUCUUCUGCCUGAGUUCUGAAAUGAACAAAUUCUUUCAAAUUGAGUCAUGGGUUUAUUGAGAAAGGAAUGUGCUGUAUCAGCUUGUCAUGUGUGUUAGAUAAGGGAUCAUUUUAUUUUAUAUUGUUUAUUGCCCAUACACUUUAGUUCAAGAACUUUCCACUCCAUUUUACUGCCCAGUAUUAUUCUAUUAGAGUUUCUACCAAAAAGUUUUAGGGCUGAAAAGGAAACCAUCCUUUUUCAGAAUGUCUUUUAAGCUCUGUCCAAUUUAAUAUGAAUCCAAGGUAUCUAUAUAACAUGAUGAAUGUUGAUCUUAAAUCUUUCCAUUCUAAAUCACACUACCUUUUCUUCACUUUUGGUUCAUAUUGUUGUUUUUAUGCUAUGCAUUAAUCUUACUGGUGCGGUGAUUUAAGGCCAAAUACAGGACACACAAGUUUUUAAAAUAAAAGAAAACCUAAAUGUAUAGCAAGGUAAAUCCCACUCAUCUUUUAAAAUUAUGUUACAAAAAAUAUGGUAAAAUCUACAUAUGCUAAGUUGCUGGCAUUACUUUGUUUUUUUGACCAUGCCUGUGUAUCUUUCAAGCUACUCAGUAGUAAAUUCAGAAGGAGUUGAAAAUUUGAUUGUUUUUCACUAGAAGAACAUUUUUAAAUUAAAAUAACAGCAGUACCUGCCAACCCCCAUUAGCAACUGUCUGUAAAUCAUUUUUAGCAUAAGAAAUUAUUUCAUUCUGGAACAGACAUUUGUAAUGGUAUUCAUGCUGUCCUUUUCCAUUUUUAUGUUUGCUAACUUCUUAGGUAACGGUAUCCAAGCAAUGUGGGUACUGUUUUUCUGAUUCCAAAAAUGGUAUAUAACAUUGAUCUAAAACAUACCUCAAGCAAAAUCAACUCUGAUGUGCAUGUUUGUUCUAGGUUUCUGAACACUUAGAAUAUUCUGAGACAAUUUUGUAGUGUUCCUAGUUACAGCCUUGGAACAUACUGUGAAAUAUAAAAAGCUGCAAAAGAAUUGUUCAUGUAACGAAGUUAACAUUUGAAGAUAUUGGAUGAGCAUUAGUCCAUGUUGUCUGUUGGGCAAGCAGAGAUUUCAGUCUUUUCAAAGUAAUUUUUAAGUUGUUGGAUGUUUUUUGCUAGGUUGUGUUUUUGUUUUGAUUUGUAUUUUAAAUAAAAGGUAUCUGAUAAAGACAA